AGAAGGCGCAAGCCUGCCUUGGCGCGACGUUUGGCGACCCCUGGACUUCGCCAGCCGUCGGUCCCCGAGAAGCCAGCGAGCCGCCGUUCCUUGCCGCCGCCAGCCAGCCAGCUAAUCAGCCCUUCCCGUCCGCCUGCCUCCCUCGCUCCUUCCACCACCACCUCCAGAAAGCUGCUUCCGCUGUCCUCAGCGCGUAACGUGUGGAGCGAGGGGAGGAGACAAUGUAGCGAGAGGCCGGCUUCCUCUGCGGGGAAGAGGAGGGGACUGGAGCGCUGAGCUUGCGGUCAGAAGUCGCUCGAGCGGCGGGGGGGAUCGGAGGCGCUGCGGCCGCUCGGGCUAAGCCUCUGCUAGGGUGGGUCACCAUCCGGCUGCUUUGUUGGCCUCUCUCUUUUCACUGUCUGGCUCAUCCCAAGGUUUCCUGGGCCAUGGAGAAUUCUUUAGAUACCCCUGGAAGGGAAGAAGUUGAUGACACUGUGUCACAACAGGACAGAGUGGUGUCGGAAGAAGAAUGGCUGAAGAAGUGGCAGUUGAGAAACAUAGGAUUUCAUAACGAAGAAGGACAUCUACUUCUCAAGAAGUAUCUGGAUAUCUUUCUCGGUGGCAGAAAUGGACUGAAGAUAUUUUUCCCUCUUUGUGGCAAAGCUGUGGAGAUGAAAUGGUUAGCUGACAUGGGGCACCAUAUCGUUGGUGUAGAAAUCAGUGAAAUAGCUCUGAAGGAAUUUUUCACAGAACAAAAUCUAUCUUAUUCUGAAGAAACAGUUCCAGAGAUCCCUGGAGCUAAAUUAAUGAAGAACACAUCUGGGAAUAUUUCUUUGUACUGCUGCAGUCUUUAUGAUUUGACCAGCUCUGUUGCUGGCAAAUUUGAUGCCAUUUGGGACAGGGGGUCUCUAGUAGCCAUUAACCCUUGUGACAGAGAACGCUAUGCCAAUUUGAUGAUAUCACUAAUGAACAAGAGUUGUUGCUAUCUUCUAGUUACUGUUUCAUAUGAUCCAAGUAAACAUGCAGGUCCUCCAUUCUACGUUUCUGAUUCAGAAGUGAAAAAGUUAUUUGGCCAGUGCUGUGAUAUUAAGCUGCUUGAAAAAAUAGAUGGCCUCAUGGAGCGCCACAAAGCUUGGGGCCUAGAUUAUUUGUGGGAGGUCAUGUACACGAUCGUGUUAAAAUAACACGGCAGCACCCAAGAGAGCAGUCUGAAGCAGGUCUUCUUGGAAUCCUACUCAUCUUUCCAAUCGGCUUAUGUCCAAGAAAGUUUUCUUAGGACUGCAGUCAAGACUCUUCACCACACUCAGGGAAUGACUACUUGAUUUCAUAGCACCGUGUUUGCACAUUCAAAAUGAACCCAUUUCUAGAUUUUUGAUUUGAUUUACAAUAACUGUGCUAAAAUCCUGUGUCUUUCCAUAAAAAUUUUAUUUUU